CUCCCCUCAGCGCGCGACCUGGUAUUUGAAUCCAGCUUCCGCCAUUUUCUUUCGCUUCCUCACAGACGCUUCUGGAAGACACAAACCAUGGCAGCCCAAGGAGAACCUCAAGUGCAGUUUAAGCUUGUUUUGGUUGGAGACGGUGGUACUGGUAAAACAACAUUUGUGAAGCGUCAUUUGACUGGUGAAUUUGAAAAGAAAUAUGUAGCCACGCUUGGUGUCGAAGUUCACCCUCUGGUAUUCCAUACUAACAGAGGUCCUAUUAAAUUCAAUGUGUGGGAUACCGCUGGUCAAGAGAAGUUUGGUGGUCUGCGAGAUGGUUAUUAUAUUCAAGCCCAGUGUGCCAUCAUAAUGUUUGACGUUACAUCCAGAGUCACAUACAAAAAUGUACCAAAUUGGCAUAGAGAUCUUGUAAGAGUAUGUGAAAACAUCCCUAUUGUCCUCUGUGGCAAUAAAGUGGACAUAAAGGACAGAAAAGUCAAAGCAAAAUCAAUUGUGUUUCAUAGGAAGAAGAACCUUCAGUACUAUGACAUUUCUGCAAAGAGUAAUUACAACUUUGAGAAGCCCUUCCUUUGGCUUGCCAGAAAACUGAUAGGAGAUCCCAAUCUUGAGUUUGUAGCCAUGCCUGCUCUAGCACCACCAGAGGUUGUUAUGGAUCCAGCAUUGGCAGCACAGUAUGAGCAAGAUUUACAGAUUGCUCAAACCACUGCACUGCCAGAUGAAGAUGAUGAUCUGUGAGGCGAAUGAAGCUGGAGCCCAGCGUCAGAAGUCUAGUUUUAUAGGCAACUGUCCUGUGAUGUCGGUGGUGCAGCGUGUUUGCCACUUUAUUAUCUAGCAGAACAUGUGCUUAAUCUUUUUGGGAUGCUGAAGGAGAUGAGUGGGCUUCGAGUGAAUGUGGCAGUUCUGAAAAAAAUUCCUUCCUUCAUAUUUUGGACCUGCAUAUUUAGCUGUUUGGGACUGCAAAUACUCUUCCCUCAAGUUACAAUCUAAGUUAAGACUGCUACAGUCGCAUCACAAUAUUCAGUGGUAAACCUUUGUUUGUUACUGUCAUUCCCACACCUUUUUUCGUUUAGAUCAUAAUAAAGUUGUAUUUCGAAUACCA